AUAUACAGUUUUGCAGUAUUUGAGGCUAUUGUACUGUAUUGUAUAAUACUUCAAAAAUGAUGAGAAUUGGAAAGUAAUCAAAUUAUUUCAUUGUCAAAUUGAGUCUUCAAGUUACUGCUUACUUGGUUUUCCAUCAUAAAUGGCCACUUGAUCAUUCUGGCAUUUUAUGGUAGAGAAUACAUUGAGUUUGGCUCAUGGAAAGAAUAUGAGAAGCUCACCUUACUCUACCACAACUACAUGGGUUUGGCUGAUACUUGGGUGAAUCUGAGUCCCAGCACAGUUGAAGAAUAAAGCAUAGUUGCAUCAGUAAUGAUGACUCACUCAACUGGGAGCAUCUCUCUGGAGACCAUCAUGCAGACAUCAGAGACUGGGUCGGACACAGGUUCGACAGUGACUUUACAGACAUCUGUGGCUAGUCAAGCAGCAGUGCCUACACAGGUGGUACAGCAAGUACCAGUACAGCAACAGGUACAGCAGGUACAGACUGUGCAACAGGUACAGCAUGUCUACCCAGCUCAGGUGCAGUAUGUGGAAGGAAGCGAUACUGUCUAUACCAAUGGAGCAAUCCGAACAACAACUUAUCCUUACACAGAAACGCAGAUGUACAGCCAAAACACUGGAGGGAAUUACUUUGAUACUCAAGGGAGUUCUGCACAGGUGACUACCGUGGUCUCAUCCCACAGUAUGGUGGGCACUGGUGGGAUUCAGAUGGGCGUCACGGGAGGACAACUCAUCAGCAGCUCCGGGGGAACCUAUCUGAUCGGCAAUUCAAUGGAGAAUUCUGGUCACUCUGUGACGCAUACCACUCGGGCCUCCCCAGCGACUAUUGAAAUGGCGAUUGAGACGCUGCAAAAGUCUGACGGUCUGUCCACUCACAGAAGCUCUCUUCUCAACAGCCAUCUCCAGUGGCUGUUGGACAAUUACGAGACAGCAGAAGGAGUGAGCCUUCCCAGAAGCACUCUCUACAACCACUACCUGCGACACUGUCAGGAACACAAACUGGACCCUGUCAAUGCUGCUUCUUUUGGAAAAUUAAUAAGGUCCAUUUUUAUGGGACUACGAACCAGGAGAUUGGGAACUAGAGGAAACUCCAAGUACCAUUACUAUGGGAUUCGUGUCAAGCCAGAUUCCCCUCUCAAUCGUCUGCAAGAAGACAUGCAGUAUAUGGCUAUGAGGCAACAACCCAUGCAACAGAAACAAAGGUACAAGCCUAUGCAGAAAGUGGAUGGGGUUGCAGAUGGUUUCACAGGAAGUGGUCAACAGACAGGCACAUCUGUUGAGCAAACUGUAAUUGCCCAAAGUCAACAUCAUCAACAGUUUUUAGAUGCAUCUCGAGCACUCCCAGAGUUUGGAGAAGUUGAAAUCUCUUCUCUGCCAGAUGGUACUACCUUUGAGGACAUCAAGUCACUUCAGAGUCUUUAUCGAGAGCACUGUGAGGCAAUAUUGGAUGUUGUUGUGAAUCUUCAGUUUAGCCUGAUAGAAAAAUUGUGGCAAACAUUCUGGCGCUAUUCUCCCUCUACUCCAACUGACGGCACUACCAUUACUGAAUCAAGCAAUCUGAGUGAAAUAGAAAGUCGACUUCCGAAAGCAAAGCUGAUAACUCUGUGCAAACAUGAGUCUAUUCUGAAAUGGAUGUGUAACUGUGACCAUGGGAUGUACCAGGCUUUGGUGGAGAUUCUCAUCCCCGACGUCCUUAGACCUAUUCCUAGUGCCUUGACCCAAGCCAUUCGAAAUUUUGCAAAAAGCCUUGAAGGUUGGCUUUCCAAUGCCAUGAACAAUAUUCCACAGAGAAUGAUACAAACCAAGGUUGCCGCUGUAAGUGCCUUUGCCCAGACUCUGCGAAGAUACACAUCGCUCAAUCACCUGGCCCAGGCAGCUCGUGCAGUGCUUCAGAACACGUCUCAGAUUAACCAGAUGCUCAAUGACCUCAACCGUGUCGACUUUGCCAAUGUCCAGGAGCAGGCUUCCUGGGUGUGCCAGUGUGAUGACAACAUGGUUCAGAGACUAGAAACAGACUUCAAGAUGACUCUCCAGCAGCAGAGCACCCUGGAGCAGUGGGCCGCAUGGCUGGACAACGUGAUGAUGCAAGCCCUGAAACCCUACGAAGGGAGGCCCAGUUUUCCGAAAGCUGCCAGGCAGUUUCUGCUAAAAUGGUCUUUCUACAGCUCAAUGGUUAUUCGGGACUUAACCUUACGCAGUGCUGCUAGCUUUGGCUCCUUCCACUUGAUCCGUCUACUCUAUGACGAGUAUAUGUUCUACUUAGUAGAGCAUCGUGUUGCUCAGGCAACAGGAGAAACACCCAUAGCAGUCAUGGGCGAGUUUGGCGAUUUAAAUGCUGUGUCUCCUGGAAACCUGGAUAAAGAUGAAGGCAGUGAAGUGGAAAGUGAAAUGGAUGAAGAACUAGAUGACUCUUCAGAACCUCAAGCCAAGAGAGAGAAAACGGAGCUGACCCCGGCGUUUCCGGUGGGUUGUCUGCAGCCUGUUCUCGAGAGCAGCGUGCAGCCCAGCCUCCUGAGCCCCAUCCACAGCGAGCACAUCGUCACGAGUACUCAGACUAUCAGACAGUGCAGCGCCACAGGCAACACUUACACUGCGGUCUAAAGAAUAUUAAAGCGUAUUUUCCCAGCUAACGUUAACCCUGUUGAUAUUGGGCUUAAGUUGAGAAAUUAAUAAGCCUGAAGGUCGACUGUUGUCAAAUUCUAUCUGUGCUGAACAUUACCUUUUUGGAGUUGUGAAAUGGAAUGGGUGUAUGUAUUUUGCCAGGUCUUUUUUUUUUUUUUCGUAAACAAAUUAUUUGCCUCUUAAUAAUAAGAGUUUUUUUCCCCUUAGUUUCGGGUGUCAAGAAGGAUUUUUACA